AUGGGGGUGCCUGAAAAGUGGCAAAUGAAAUGUUGUCGAUGUGAUUCCAGAACCCCCCACGCAUUCAACAGUCACCGGGUGGAAAAUGUUCUCUCUUCUACAGGACACAUGAGGUGGUGGCAAUCUCAGAAUGAUGUGAAUCAUGUUUCUCUCCAACUAGAUCUAGACAAUAAAUUUCAGCUUGCUAACCUCCUGUUGGACUUCAGGAGUCCUUUGCCAGGUGGCAUAGUGAUUGAGCGUUCUAUUGAUUUUGGCACAACCUGGAAGAUCUAUCAGUACUUGUCCACGGACUGCUCUGCUUCAUUUCCUUGGAUCCCCAAGGGCUUUCCUCAGACCUGGCAGGAUGUCCAUUGCAAGGACAUACAGACUCAACAAAGACCACCUCAGUAUGGGGGAAAGAUUGAGUUCAACCCCGUAGACCUUGCAUCUGGGAUGACGACAUCUCAAAGCCAACGAAUUAACAAUCUGGCUGAAUUCACCAACCUGAGAAUCAACUUCACACAGUUGUCCCGCUUUCCACAUCAAGGGUACCGCUUACCCAGUGCUUUCUAUGCCUUAAAUGAGAUGAAGGUGCAAGGGAGCUGUUUCUGCCACGGGCAUGCCGACCGCUGUGCUGCCCUUGAUGCCUCUUCUGGAGAGCCCAGUGCUGUGGUUCAUGGGCAUUGUAUGUGCCAACACAACACUGCUGGACCAAACUGUGACCAAUGUGCAUCCUUUUACAACGACCAGCCAUGGAGACCUGCUGAAGAUGAUAAUCCUAAUGAAUGUCGUAGAUGCAACUGUAAUGGACAUUCCCACAAAUGUCAUUUUGACCUAAGUGUAUACCAAGCAAAUGGGGGAAUGAGUGGGGGUGUGUGUGAAGACUGCCAGCACAACACCGCAGGGAGGAACUGUGAACUUUGCCAAAUAAACUUUUUUCGUAAUCAACGGUAUGAUCUUGGCCAUCCAGAGGUCUGCCUCCCUUGUGAGUGUGAUCCAGAUGGCACUGUUCCUGAUUCUAGCUGUGAUCCCAUGGAUGGUCGUUGUGUCUGUAAGGACAAUGUGCAAGGAGACCGUUGUCAUCUUUGCAAGCCUGGCUUUACUCAGUUGACCAACUCUAAUCCUCAAGGUUGCAGAGACUGUGCCUGCAACAUCCUGGGCAGUCGCAGCCAUGUUCCCUGUGAUGAUGAGACUGGACGCUGUGUCUGCCUCCCUAAUGUGGUGGGAGAGAAGUGUGAUGAGUGUGCUGUGAAUCACUGGAAAAUUGCGAGCGGCGAAGGCUGCUGGCCUUGCAACUGCCACCCUCAGAAUUCCCUCAGCCUUCAGUGUAACCAGUUUACAGGGCAGUGUCCAUGCCGGGAAGGCUAUGGGGGACUGACGUGCUUUACUGUUGAAGUACAGGAAUGUCCAGACCGCACAUUUGGAAAUGUUAGGACUGGUUGUAGAGCUUGUGACUGCAAUUUCCAAGGCACAGAAGUAAUAGGCUGUAACAAACUGACAGGCGGCUGUCUUUGCCGCUCUGGCUUUACAGGCCUCCAGUGUGACCAGUGCCAGCGGGGCUACUGUGGCAACUAUCAUCACUGUGAGGCAUGCCAUCCUUGUUUCCAAGCCUAUGAUGAUGACUUUCAAAGGUUUGGCUUACGUCAGGCUGCUUUGAAAAAUUCAACACAGCAGUUACAGGUAGGGGGAAUGACCUCUGCCUUCAGUACCCGCCUCUUAGAAGUGGAAAGAAAAAUUCAGCACAUUCAACAGAUGUUGGAAAAUCCCCUCAUUACUGAGCAGGGACUGGAUCAGGUAGCCAACACCAUUGCUACAGUAAGGCAGACCGUUGGAAGUUUAAGCUCUGAAAUACUUCUUAUGGAUGAAGUCUCCUCCCUGUCCAUAGAUAUGGAUGCUCUUGAUAAAAGCCUACUUCUGAUCACUGUACAAUACCAAAACAAGAAGGCCCAGUUUGAAGCCAGCCGCAGCAUAGACCUCUCAG